UGUUUUCACUCAACCCAACUUUUAUCGGUAAUGGCUGCAAAGUUUGUAGCCGUGUUGUAAAGUUAAAAUUGUCCGUCGUAAUGGAGGUUUUCCGUUACGUAAACUAUCGUUAGUAGUAAGCUACAGUGUGUGUCGUUGUUUGCGAUUGAAGUUUACCGGGAAACGUUGUUUGCUGCUCCGGUGGAGUCGUUUUUCACUUCAGUUGGGCUGUUCGCCAUUGUGCGAAGGAAGACGGCCAACAAAAGCAACAACAAUCGGUCGGGGCUGAGCUCUAAUUCGUCAACGGUGUCGUGGAAAUUAUUCUGCAUUGGCCGUACGCGGCUGGGGGCCUGUUAUCAGAAAAUCAGUGUUAACGGUGUAUGAUAUCUUUCAUUCAAUAUACCUUAAGCGUCAUGAGUAAUUUCAGCAACAGCCACAACAGUAACACUGGCAGCAGCCAAAAUUCAGCUGCUGAGGGCACAAUGGAAAGAGGAAGUUGUAUUCUAGUUCGUUACGCCAGCCAGAAUUCGCUGGAUGAGAGUUCCCAAAAGCAACUGCCCAGACAGGAUGGAAAAGAUAAAGCAACAGGAGCCUAUCGCAACAAUGUACACACGCAGCGGUCAUUCGAUGCUAUGAACACUAUGAGAGAGCAAAAUUUGCUCUGUGAUGUGAUUCUCGUUGCCGAUGGCAUCGAAAUUCCCGCGCACAAAAUGGUACUGGCCUCGUGCAGUCCAUACUUUUACGCCAUGUUUACCGGAUUCGAGGAGAGUCGCCAGGACCGUAUCACGUUGCAGGGCGUUGAUCCUCGCGCGUUGCAGUUGCUUGUUGAAUACGUAUACUCAUCUGUGGUGGAAGUUACCGAGGAUAACGUUCAGGUGCUAUUGACGGCGGCCAAUUUACUGCAGCUGACUGACGUUCGUGAUGCUUGUUGUGAUUAUUUGCAAACUCAAUUGGAUCCAAGCAACUGUCUGGGAAUUCGAGACUUUGCCGACAUCCACGGCUGCAUUGACUUGUUGAAUUACGCCGAAACCUACAUCGAGCAACACUUUUCAGAGGUAGUGCAGUUUGAUGAAUUUUUGAAUCUCACUAGUGAACAAGUGGUUAAUUUGAUCAAAAGUGAUCGACUGUUGGUCCCUUCAGAGGAAAAGGUUUAUGAAUGUGUAAUCGCUUGGAUCCAAUACGAUACUGCCGGUCGUCAGGCAUAUUUGGCGGAUCUGAUGGAACACGUGCGGCUUCCACUUUUGUCACAAGAAUAUCUCGUUCAGCGAGUGGAGAAGGAAUAUUUGCUAAAGGGGGAUAUCCAGUGUAAAGACUUUAUCAUUGAGGCACUCAAAUAUCAUCUACUUAAGGGAGAGCAGAAGACUUCCUUCAAAACACCUAGAACCAUUCCGCGGCAACCGGUCGGGCUGCCAAAAGUUUUGCUUGUUAUUGGUGGCCAAGCACCAAAAGCUAUAAGAUCGGUUGAAUGUUAUGAUCUUAGAGAAGAACGUUGGUACCAGGUUGCCGAGAUGCCUACCAGAAGAUGUCGGGCCGGUCUUGCUGUGUUGGGCGAUAAAGUUUAUGCCAUUGGAGGUUUUAAUGGGUCACUAAGAGUACGAACAGUCGAUGUUUACGACCCAGUUCAGGAUCACUGGAGUGCCUGCAGUGGUAUGGAAGCAAGACGCUCAACAUUGGGGGUGGCUGUUCUGAAUAAUUGCAUUUACGCCGUCGGUGGAUUUGAUGGCUCAUCCGGCUUAAGCUCUGCGGAAAUGUUUGAUCCUAGGACGCAAGAAUGGCAACUGAUUGCAUCGAUGUCAACAAGACGAAGUUCCGUCGGAGUGGGUGUUGUACACGGCUUGCUCUAUGCUGUAGGUGGUUACGAUGGUGCAUCGAGACAGUGUUUGGCAUCAGUCGAACGUUAUAAUCCAACAGCCGAUACUUGGACGCAAAUAGCCGAAAUGUCUGAUCGCAGAAGUGGUGCAGGUGUAGGUGUUUUGGAUAAUAUUUUAUAUGCUGUUGGAGGACACGAUGGUCCGUUAGUUAGAAAAUCUGUGGAAGCUUACAACUCGGAAACUAAUACCUGGCACAAAGUGGCCGAUAUGGCAUUUUGUAGAAGAAAUGCGGGCGUUGUUGCCCAUAAAGGCAUGUUAUUUGUCGUUGGUGGUGACGAUGGUAGCUCAAACUUGGCAUCGGUAGAAGUUUACACACCGGAGACUAACACUUGGCGUCUGUUGCCGGCGUCGAUGAGCAUUGGGCGAAGUUAUGCCGGUGUAGCCAUGAUUGAUAAGCCCAUGUGAAGCGAGCAGCAGGGCGCCACCGCCGCCACAGCAGCAAACAGUUCAAGGUAUGCGAAUUGUUCGAUCAAUUGUAGUGCAACGAAUAACAAUAGUCAGAAUAACCAAAACAAUGACGACGAAAAUAGUCAGGCUGAAGGGCUGAACUCAGAAGCUGGUGCUGUAGGUUAUAAUCAGAUCUCAAACAAUAAUAAUAACGUUAACAACAACAAUAACAACAACAAUAACAACAACAGUAACAACAACAAUAACGUACACUACGAAAACAUCUAUGAGUCAAUUGAACAAUUUGCUGCUGCAGCAAAUGCUGGUGUGGCUGCGGUUGCCCCUGCAGUAGUUCGUAACCCUUUAGUAAACAUUCCACCGCCGUCACACGGAAUUCAGUUGAAUCAACAACCUCAAGCUGCACCGCCCACUGCGCCGGUCGCUCUGGGACUAAGAAACAAUAUCCCAACAAGUGGUCCGUGUCCUCCACCUCCACCACCAAGUAUGCUGCAAAUGCAGCAACAAUAUCAUCCACUAGCUUAUCGCAACGAACUGUACGAUCGAACGGCCGGGUACGAUGUACCUCGGGGAUGUCCACGUAAUAACUACUAUCAGAACCAGUCCGCAAAUGGUGCGGUUCCCCGUUAUCAAAACAUUCAUGUAGACUAUAACCGACCAUGUUAUUCUCAGAACACCAUGAGAACUCCUCGACAACGAAGCUUCGAUGAUACAGAGUCUUACCAAUACUAUCGACAUCAAAAUCAACACAACUGUACCAAGUACGACAACGUUUACGAACUACUCCGAGAAGAACCUGCUUACCAGAACACAGGCACUUUUGGAGCGUCUGGUGGGACAGGUGUUAGUGGAAAUCGAGGAAUUUUCGGAAGAUUGGAUGUAAUUGGUCACGGAGUCGGCCGCAUUGAGCGUCAUUUAAGUUCAUCGUGCGGAAAUAUUGACCACUACAGCUUGGGAGGACACUAUGCGGUUUUGGGACAUAGCCAUCUUGGAACACCGGGAGAUGUGAAAUUGAAUUCUUCCACCAAUAAUCAGUCGUCAAGUUGUAAAGAUUCUUCUUCGGUUAAUGUUAAAAGCUUUUUCAGCUGCCUGGGUGGCGAGAAUUCACAGUCUAUGAAUAAUAUCAGCAAAACUGGCACCACGUUGCAACCAGCAUCCACCGGAACAGUUGGGAACGGUGACACUAGUUCUGGCGUCAGCCCUGUACUGCCUACAAAUCCUUCGAUGACAGCAACGAAAGUUACUGGAACUAUUCCAAAGAUCAAGAGUAAAAUUCGAAAAGAGAAUCAUGAACAAACGGAAUCUGAUUCGCAAUCUAGUCGCGUUUCGAAGCCAUCCCUACAGUGGUUACUUGUCAACAAGUGGCUUCCCUUAUGGGUGGGCCAAACUCCACCGGAUUAUAAAUUUAUCGACUUUAAUUUUAUGUUUUCGCGAAAUUGUGAUGGCUGCGGUAGCACUACAAAUCAUCAGGAACUUAUGCGCUUAGAUGGACUUGGAGAAAUGCGUUCCCAAGAGUACGGAGAUUAUAUUCCUCCGGCUAGAGAGUAUCCAACAAUGAACGGAAGUUAUCCACGAGUUUUGAGAAAUACUCCUCAGCUUUCAAGAUUGCGGGAGCACGAGUACGAAAAUGUCCCUGUAGAUUCGCCCUCGGGUAGGUUAGACUAUGCUGCUGCCCGUGCGGUUUUAGGCCACGUUAACCGUGCACGAUCGGAAAGUCCAGUACGAUCUGCUGGUGCCAGGCGGGAAGACUCAGCAACCGGCCGUGAUCCAUUUCGCAGUUGGGCCUUCAACAUGGACGAUAACAGUUUUCGUCCAGCAGGACAAAAUGGCCCAGUGGGACAAAAUGGAUUUCCAAAGCCGCGUGAAAUUCGCCGCAUUACUGACGGUACAUUCCGCGCUGCUGAUUUUCAGCAGAGCUUUCGAGAAUCCUUGAAAGAAUCAUCCGUUAGCGCUUCUCCUGCAGUUGUAGUUGACGAUUCACCUAUACCCACUACAUCCCGGUCAAACACUGCUUCUCCUCCAAAAAAUAAAGUUACAUCGGUAUCACCGGUACAACAAGAAAAAGAAGAGACUCCUGCAUCAUGUUCGUCAGACUCGGAUAACUUUCUAAUGGACUCCAUCGCUACCGACGCAGGAGAACAAGCCGGGGAAAGCAGCAGCGGCAGCCAGUGUGUACAACUAGCCGAAAAUCCCGAAACAAAUAGAGAGGUUGCGAAGGAGACGGAGGCCACAUCUUCGUUUGAAACAUCAGAAUCAUCAAAUUUCGAGAAUGGUGGCGAAAUAUCUAUAACUGAUGACGAAAAUGACAAUGAAGAAAACAUUGAAGCUAUUUAAAUCCUGCACUUGCUACUCUACUCGAGGCUUACCUAAACAUUAAACUGUUUCUCAUCAUGAUUCCUUUGGUAGACUGCUUAAAAUUGGAAGCAAUCUGUUUGAUCCUAACUUGCUCAAUAUUUAUUUAGAUUCUAUUUAUUCUAUUUACACAAAAAAAUUAUUCCUAGCAAACACUUUUUAUCAAAACAUUUUAUUUUCUCGGAAUAAACCAAGCAUUUAUUGGCUGACACUCACGUUUCCGGUGAAAUUAGCUUAGGAACAUUUAGCAGUAUGUCAAGGGUUAAUACACUUAAGGGUUAUAAUAAAAAAAUGACAUGUUAUAUCAAGUAGUUGGCCAGCAGAACAAACUCUCAAUGUCGAACACGAAAAACGUUAUCAAUGUAUAUCCUUGUCAGUUUAGCAGCAAAAUGACAUAGGCCUAUUUGCAGAACAAGCCAUUUAUCUACUAGUUUUAAGCAAGUUAGUUAUCCGCAGUGAUAGUCAAUUGUGCGAACGCACGUCACACACACAUUUACAUUUCCAGUGCACUGAUAAUGGUCGAGUAAUUGAUGUGGCGAUGUCAAUUGCUCGAAGAUGGAGCAACCCACAGCAGAAUCAAAGCAGCAUAAGUUCAGUACAAACCUUGUAAUAGUGAUACCUAUUCAAACUGAAUUCUUUUACCAUACUUUUUACCACACUUCGAUAUGGUCAGUAACAAGUACUUUUUAACAGUCCAAUAAUAGAGUGAUAGAGAACAAGCAACAAACCGUCGAUAUUUAUUCCCUAACAUUCAGUAAAAUUAUACAUAUACACAGGCAUUAUCCACUUCUAGCGCGGAAUACACAAUGCACACCCGUAGUUGCGAUUCUCGUUACCUGGGGUACACCUAUUUAGAUUCCAUAGUUCUGUAUUGUGUAUGCAUUAAAUAGAAUCAUGUAAUAAAUGGGUUCAAUAGUU